GCCAAUUGAGGCCACUGCAGAAUAAUGGCAGGCGGUGGUGAUGAUGAUAGCAAAAUAGGGUAGUGAAAAGAGCCUGCCAUUGCUUUGAAGCCCAAUUUGAAAGUGCAGUGGAUUCCAAGGUUAAAGCCAAGGGAGGAGGGAGGAGGGGGUGGGAAGAGGAGCACGUCAGACAAGAAUCCCGUGUUUGAAUGCCUGCCGCCCUCUGCACACAAUUGAAAAAGGAGAAGACAAAACCUCAUUCAGAUGACCUUCAAUGCUGAAGAAGCGCACAGUAUUAUUAAAGAUUGCAUAGAAGGUGUUCUGGGCAAGGCAGAUUACAAUCACGACAAUGUCAAUCAGUGGACUGCAGCUAUAGUAGAACAAUCUUUAACACAACUGGUAAAACUGGGGAAAACGUACAAGUACAUUGUAACCUGUGCAGUGAUGCAGAAGUGUGGAGCUGGUCUGCAUACAGCAAGCUCGUGUUUUUGGGAUACCACAACUGAUGGUACCUGCACAGUUCGAUGGGAAAACCGAACUAUGAACUGCAUCGUCAAUGUCUUUGCUGUAGCCAUUAUUCUGUAGCAAACUGGACAAAUCGCACUAAGUUAUGCCAAAGCCUUUAAGAACAAAACUAUCAAAUUACUUAUAGUACAUUGUAAGAAUUAUUAAAUAAACUAUAUUUAUGCACUAAA